CACCUCUUUACUCUCGAAAUAUCCAUAAGCAGCUGUCUGGCUCUUUAGUUAGACUUUACACUCGAUUGAAAUGGCUUCGGCGGUGACUGAUUACUGCAGGACAUUGGUAAGUAGCAAUUUUUCAAGUUUCGUCUCUUGAAUUUGUACUAUUUCGGUAACUUGCUGAAAUCGUUCUGUUAAAGGGAGCGGACGGGCGGCAGUUGCGUUUAGCGGGCCAUGUUGGCUUUGACAGCUUACCGGACCAGCUUGUCAAUAAAUCAGUGAAUAGAGGCUUUGCCUUUAAUAUUCUGUGCAUAGGUAAGAUAUUCUUCUUGUAAAAUAAGGAACUUGCUUCUACCUGGAUAGAGUAUGCACGAGUUUAAACCUAUCUACAGAAUCGAACUUCUUCAAGACUUUUAUCAUGUGUCAAACUUAUUCAAAACAUAACUUUCAUGUGUUAAGGUUGAAUUACUUCCAAAACAAGAAUUGAAAAGGAGGAAGUGACUAAAGAGAGGAUAUUUUUAUAUUUAGGUGAAACAGGAAUCGGAAAAUCAACUCUGAUGGAUUGUCUUUUUAAAACGACAUUUGAAGGUAGGUUUGGAGUGAUCAAGUGUUCUAGCGUUCCUUUCAAAUUCCGUGGAAUCUUUUUCAGUUUUGAUGGGAAGUGAUGCAAGCGCGUCUUCCUUUUGUUAAUAUUCAUUGUUGUUGUGGUCGAGGUAAUAGGUGUGGCUAUCCCUGAAACUAUUAAAUAUUGCAUGGCUGACAGAUUCAAAUGCAGCACUUGGUACAAUCGUUUCAUUCACUUGUGUGUCAAGGAACAUCCUAGAGUUCUAAUAUCUUUCGAUAUUGCAGUACAAGUACAGGCCAUGUGAAGUCUUUGAAAGGAAAGUUUAGAGCUUCUGCAUGGUAGAAUUUUUUGUGCUGUGUAUUGUGAAUGUCAUGACCAUCAAGUUAAUUUUAUGCACAAUUGUUACAAAAAAAGACUGGAAAAAUAGACCAGACCAGAAUAAUAAUUACUUAAAACACCUGUUGAUCUUAAACAUGUUGCUUCUCAUUUUCCCACUGCCACAAAACUCCCUUUAGGAGUAGUACACUGUAUUUCUUGACUUUCCAUAAAAUUAAUUUACAAUUGUAUCUUCAGGAGCAACAAACAACAACAACAUCAAUUGUUUGUUUCACGUUUCCUUACUCUUUUGCUUUAAAUUUACAAUUUUAUUUAGUUAAUUUAGAUUACUAUAGAAAUUUAUGAGGAAAAACUGAAAAUAUAGAUAUUUAGGGUAGGAGUGCCAGAUGUGGAUGUCUUAGCAAACUGCAUAGUUUUUUUUAGUUAGACACUAGUCUUGUCAAGUGACAUUUUAAGUUGAAGUAGCAAUGAAAAGCUUAGAGAACAAAAGACCUUUCAACCUAUCUACAACUGUCAGCCCUGUACCAAAUAUCUUUCCAGUAAUUCCUCCCCCUUGACUGGUUUCAUCUCACUGUAGACUCUGAAUAUACUAAUGGACAAUUCAGAGUUCCUUUGGGCUUUUUUCAAUUGCUCCUUAAAUUAUUCAACCCUUUUGUCUGUCUAGGAAUUCCUCAUUCUCAUCAACUUCCUGGUGUGAGAGUAGAAGAUCACACCUAUGGUGAGUUCAACAAUGUUACAAAUGAUGAAAAGUUUGUCAUUUUUCUUUCUUUAUUUUCAUUUAUGUGAUCAUACAUGUCUAUUUCAUGGAAAAAUUAUCUCCUUUUCCUCUCCUUUAUCAUUCCUAAAUUUUCAUAGAGUUAGGAGUAAAGAUAUUUGGACAUGAGUUCCUGAAAUCCACUUACAUUCACAUGGAAUACUUCUGGUGUACACUUUCAUUCUGUUGGUGCAUUUACAAUAAAAUCUCUUAUUAAGUAUCCAGUACUAAUGAUAGUUUUCUGCCAAUUACCUUUGGUAGAUUUGAAUGAGAGCAAUGUGAAACUGAAGCUUACAGUUGUGGAUACUGUUGGUUUUGGAGACCAGAUCAACAAAGAAGACAGGUAUGGUGUCUGCUGUAUUGAUUUUUUUCUUAAAUUCCUUUUGAGAGUGUAGUAUGUACAGGUUCACCCAGAGGCACAAUAGGAAACUUGUAUCAGAAUUAGGAUUUCCACUGGAUAACUGUUAAAAGCCUGGCUACCAAAAGCAGAAGAACUCAGAGCAUAGCAUAGAGCUUCAGAGAAGGCUUUGUCAGAUGAAGGCAAUUUGCCAAAGUUGUGUUUCUCAGCCGAAGGAAAUUAUUAGACUUAAAAGCACUGAGAAUGCACCAAACUGUUUUUACAGGAACCUUAAGCAUGUUAUCUUUAAGAACUUUUGUGUGGGAUUGCGAUAGAUUGCUGUCACUGUGACAGAAUCAUGAGGUCCUUCAAUCAUAUGCCACAAGCUGUGAUGAAGUAAUAUCCCAGUUGUUUCUUUUUCAAGGGUUGUUAAUACUAAUUGUACACAUUCAGGACUUUGUCUAUAAAGUGAAGUGGUUUGUUACUAUUUUCAGUGCCAGUCCUAUUGUGGAGUAUAUUGAUUCCCAGUUUGAAAAAUAUCUUCAACAAGAGCUCAAGAUAAAAAGAACCCUGAAUGUGUACCAUGACACACGUGUUCAUGUUUGCCUCUACUUCAUCUCUCCCAGUGGCCACUCGUAAGUCUUCAGUGUAUGGCUCCCGCACUCAAAAGAUUCUUUCAAAUUCUUGUCUUAUUCUCACCACUGUUAUCAGGAGUUGCACAUCAACCACUCCUACAUAUACUUGUAAGCUGUGUUGCCAAUCACAAGUGUUCUGUUUCCCAAAUACAUUUAUAAGUCUUAAAUGGGUUCUGGUGUGUCUUAUUAUUGUAGAAACUGUGAUGUAGCAGACUACUUUUGGCUCAAAUACAUGUGCAAUAAAUUUUGUUAUGCAGAACACUGAAUUGCAUACCUUUUGCUGAAGCCAUUUUGGUUCUUUAUGAUGUAAUUUUACUGCUAAGCAUAACUACAAGUAAAACAUAACUUUUGGGUCUCCAAUGUACUAUGAAUCAUUUUCUUAUGAUGUAAACCCACCUCCCUUUUUUAAUUUUUAGUGACUGCGCAAUUGUAUACUAGUGUAUUUCCCUUAUUUAAAGCAUAUUUAUUCAAGGUUGCACUUUUCUUCAGGUUAAAAUCUCUGGACCUUGUUUGUAUGAAAAAACUGGACAAAAAGGUUAGUACAUGCAGGUAACACUUCAAAGUAAUAAUUAUUAUGCUGAUGCCAGUGUUAAUUGCUUGUUUUCUUGUAAAUUGUAAUUUUUAUAAUUAAUUGACCUUGUCAUCCAAUUCAGUCUGUAAUCAUACUUGUGAUGAACAAAUCAGACUCCAGCUGUGCUUUUAUUUAAGCUACUGCUUAGCUUUUUCUUAACCCUUAAACUCCCAGAAGUGAUGAACAUGAAACUUCUCCUUAUUAUAUCCAAACAUUAUCCAGCAAACAGGUAAUGAGAAUACUCAAACUUUUCAGGUAGAAGUUUUUAUCUUGAUUUAACACCAAGUUCUCAUAACUAACUCAGAUCUUGGGAGCUUAAGGUUUAAAUAGCUUUUAUGAAUUGGGCAACCUACACCUCUGAAAUGAGAGCCUUAUUUUUCUCAAAAAACAGUGUUGUUAAACCUCAACAAUGAAGCAAUUUUUUCCAAAUAUGCUUUUUUUCUUUUGCUAUGUUUACAGGUGAAUAUUGUUCCCAUAAUUGCCAAAGCAGACACCAUAGCAAAAAGUGAACUGAAACAAUUCAAAGAGAAGGUGAGCUUAUGAGUGACGGAGAAUUCCAUGUACAUGUACAUUCAUUUGAUCUAACACAGGCACCUUGAUUACAUAUACAUGUACAUCCAUGAAAAAAAAAUGGUUAACUUUCUCCUCUAUUUUUCAGAUAAUGGAGGAGCUUACAAGUAAUGGUGUAGAAAUUUACCGAUUUCCAGUUGACGAUGAGACUGUUGCUGAGAUGAAUGCUGGCAUGAAUGUACGCAAGUUGAUAAAUCACGUUCCCACUACCUUGAUACUAUCAAAUAGUUACUUACCCUUUACACCGUAACAUCAAAAUGCACUUUCUCCAUGAUGUUCUCUAUAAAUUUCCUCAGGUCCUGACAAGGAGAAUUUGUUUUAAAAAUUGAGAGUUGCCGUAUACGGUUUUCAUAUUUACUCGACAGUUCUGUUAUCUGUCAGUGUGCAUGGUACGUGUGCGUGUGAGUAAGCUGGUGGUUUUUUUUUUUUCAGGAGCAAAUUCCAUUUGCUGUUGUUGGAAGCCGUGAAGAGGCUAUUAUCAACAAAGUGAAGACGAGAGCCAGACAAUAUCCUUGGGGGACUGUAGAAGGUACUGCACAUAUACCCUUUUUGUAACAUCACAGCUGACGUGAAAGAGGAGCUGAUUUCUAACGAUAGUAUCGUGGUAAAAGAUUCCUGACAGCGUUAUAUACAAUACUUGUUGAAAGGUGGUCACCCAUGAAGGAAAACUGACCUUUAUUUCAUUCUUUCUAGUUGAAAAUGAAAAUCAUUGCGACUUUGUGAAACUGAGAGAGAUGCUUGUACGGUAAGUUUGUACUGAAUUGUUUACCCAUGGAAUAUCGAGUUUUUGAACAUCGUGAGGAGAAGUAUGGAGACCAUUCGUGCCAUGUGCUAAAUGCCUAAUCCAGACCACGUGAAUCUAUUUGAUUUAUAUGAUUAAAAAAGAAAGAUGUUGAUAAUGACGUCAUCUUUGCGUCUGUCCUCCAAUGGAUCAUAGGGAAGAACCAAUGAAACUUCGUGCAUAAUUCAGCAUAUCGUAAAACAAUGCUUCAUACUUUCCAGAACAAACAUGCAGGACUUGAUCGACAAGACGCAUACCGGGCACUAUGAGUUGUACCGCAGGAACAAGUUAGAAACCAUGGGUUUCAGUGAUGGUGACGGCGACAAACAACCUCACAGUCUACAGGAGACCUACGAGCUUAGGAGACAGGAGUACAUGAAGGACAUACAAAGCAGAGAGGAGAAAAUGAGACAAAGCUUUGUAGACAAGGUCAAAGAGAAAGAGGCUGAAUUAAAACAAGCCGAGCAAGAGGUAUGUGGUGCCGAUAACGGUUGUGUACCUCAAACAUCGUGUUCACCUCAUCCUUUAAGUCUAAGAUAAUGUGGUGUUAUUAACUGAGUUGAUCAUGUAAAUUGGCCACCAAAGGAAGUUUCCAAAGCGGACGUUUCGAGUUUAGCCCUUCUUCAGAGUGAAAGAAAUAUUAUGUCUAAUACUUAGACAUUGAACGUGUGUUUAAUCUAAAUUGCUGGUGGUAACUUUGAAAAGAAGUAAGAUUGAUGUUUGGUACUAGAGAGGAUUUUUAUCGUAGGCAACUAUGUUGAAACACCUCAAACGUUUCCUUUGGGUAUCGCUCACCUAUACUGUGUAUCUAUAAUCCUGCAAACAUAAAUCCGAGUUACAUUGGACGAAUGUAAAUGAGAAAUUAUUCCUCAGAACGGCGCAUAGUUGUUUAAUAGUUCAUCUGAUAUAUUGCCUUCUUUUUUCUGUUCUUUAUUUUCCGCACCUUGUGACUAUUGGUAAACUUGAAAAACAUUUAGCUCCAUGCCAAGUUUGAACAUCUUAAGAAGACACAAGUAGACGAAAAGAAGAAGCUGGAAGAAAAACGAAGGUUGCUGGUAAGUGAGAACAAAAAUGCCAAAUGCGCUUUGUGGUUGUGUAACGACCUCGUUGACAGCCGCAGUUAGUGUUGAUUAGUGGCUGAAAAGAAGUUGCGUAGUUUAAUCGAGAAAUAAUCGCAAAAAGCUUAUUUCGACAUAGAAAAACGAGAAGAAGAAAAAACAGCAAUAAUUUUACCAAACACGAAAAUCGCACUAGAAUGAGAAUAAGGUUUGUUUGUUUGUCUCUACUAACGGACACGUUCACUAAUUUUAAUUUGCCUUUUCAGGACGAGGAAAUAAAUCUUUUUAACAAGAGAAAGGCCGCUGCCCAGGCUGCACUGGCUCAAGCACAACAAGCCACCGCUCAAGUUGCAAAAGAACAAAUGAAAGGAAAGAAGAAAUGAAAUGCCAGACACGCGUAGAAUGUAACCAAAUUGUUAAUUGUUGUAAAGUUUGCAACUUCCGUGAAAUGGGAACCUACGAUAGAUAUAUACUAAAUAUCACGUCAUGUAUGCUACAAAACUCUCCAAACGGAAAUUUUUGCAACUGAACAUGGUAUUAGUGGCCUGGGCAUCAAAACCUGUUAAACCUGUUAAACCUGUUAAACCUGUUAAAUUGUUUACACCUCGUUUUUAGGCUUCAGUUCCUCCCCGGUUACCGAGUUAUAAAAUGGUGGAUGAAAAAAAAGAAGAGGGGUCCUGGGUCAAAAGUGACAAUAAAUCGUAAACUCCCAAGGUCUGGUUCGUAACUUUACCUUUCGGCUGUUUUAAUUUUUCUUGCAAAUCAGCGCAAUUAAUUUGGGUUACAGCAUGAUAAAGCCAACUGGUUAAUACGUUUCCGUGUUCUCAUUAACCGUUUACUGGAUUAUGUGGUGAUGUUGAAAGGUGUGUGUAAUUCACUUUGAAAUUCACUUGGGCGAGGUCGAGGGUCAACUCUUGACACCUCCACAUCAGUAUGCAUAUUCUCCAUACUGUCCUCUAAACAUUUCCAAGGGUGCUAACAAGGAGAAUUUGUUUACAAAUCAAGAGUUUCUGAAGUCAAUGAUCAUUUCCUUAUUCUCGUGACCUUAAUGUUUGAUUCAGGGGUGGUAUUGUUAGGAGAAAUUAGAUGCCAGUCAUGACACCUGAGGGGUUUAAAGGUUUAACAUACCAGAGACAAAAUAAGUACCAAGAUCAACUUGAAAGUCAAAUAUUUCGUUAUCUUUAUUUCACUUCACCUUUCAUUAUGUUAGUUCACUGUUGCAUACUUACUAUUUAAAAAAAAGUAUAUUUGGGUUCUACCUUUAUAACUGGACCGUUUUUGAUAAUCAUUUAAUACGAUAUCCCCUUGUCGAUUGACUGCAUCAAUCGGCAUCAAUUUCUAAGACCCUAUUAAAUUUAAUUGUAUUAUGUCAUUGGAAUGAUGAUUUUUGAAACAUUCAAGCAAAAGAUCACAUCCAUUGAACUUUGGAACCCCUAAGCUUGACGGCAACCAGUUUUCUCCUCAUACUCGCUGGAAGUAUGCAAUAAAUAUAUAAUUAACAAUUUAGGUUUCUCAAAUUCUCCUUGAAGACAUGAAAGGAAAUGACGAAGAAAACUUCGAAGCUGAUAUCUGGGCCCCUUAUAUUUAUCUCUAGUUAAUAUUACGCUUGUUCUUGUUAAGCUGUGUACUAGACGUCUGGAUAACGAGUAACUAAAGAUGUAACAGCUAGAAAUGUAAAAGUAAUAAGCGAUUUUGUUUGGAGCAAUUAAUAAAUUGACACA